AUGGCCACUUCAACAUCUGUCCAAUUCACAGUCGGGAAACUCGAUGCGGGAAUGGCAAUCUUAUUAACCGAGGAUCACCACCUCAUUGAAUUUCCUUCGCUUCUACUUCCACCCGGUGUCACUUCUGGCAGCAUAGUGAACAUUAGCGUAAAUCGCAAUUACAAUCAAGAAGCCCUACAACGCAAAGAAUUUUGGGAACUUCAGGAAGCUAUCCUUGCUGAAUUUGGUCGCAACUCUCCUGAGCCCCCUAAACUCCACGUCAAACAUGUAACCCAAACUUCCGUUAUUAUUGAAUGGGAAUCUCUAUGUCUCUACCAAGCAAAUUUGAAAUUUCUUGAUAUUUAUCGUAAUGGUGCUAGAUUGAGUCAGCAUGUUCCACCUGGGAUUAAUUACGUUAAAUUAAGUGGUUUGGAACUGGAUACUGAAUAUGAAUUUCAUAUUAGCAUCAAAACCACGGCUGGUGUUUUUGUUUCGAACAAGGUUAAAGUUAGAACGCAUACUUUAGAAAAUUUGACUGGUAUUAAUGUUUGCUUUGGAUUAUUUUAUGAACCCCAAGAUGGUUCUGAUGGAGGUUUAACCAAACAAGAAUUGAAAGAGAUUCUAAAGAGAAUUGGUGCGAGAUAUAGCGAGCAGGUUGGACCUGACACGACUCAUCUUCUGUGCAAUGCUCAAGGAAGUUCAGAAUACCAAAAAGCCUUAGAUGGUAGCAUACCCAUUGUCAAACCAGAAUGGUUGGUCGCCUGUGAGAAGGAGGGUAAAAUGCAACCAGCUUUACCUUAUUACCUCGUGCCAAACUCGGAAGAAAAAUAA